AUGAAAACGACGGCCAUGGCGUCUGCUGCGGCAGCCUCCCUGUCCCAGCCGAUGCUGCCUCUGUCGACCGCCGCCAUCGACCUGUUCGCCCCGGCUCCACCACUGACACCGUCGCCUGGGCUGUCCGCGUGCCAGCUCUACUACCAGCUGCAGAACCCUCCCAUGACGUCGAUGCCGACGUCGACGCCGGUGCGCGAGCUGGUAACCUCCACCCCCGAGCCACCGCCGCUCUUCCUGCAGUGGCCGCCGCAGAGCCAGAGCCAGUACCUGCCGGCCACCGAGCUCGGCGGCUUCCUCGGCUCGCAUGCCCACACGCAUCAGACGGCGGUCUCCCCUGGCGCGCUCCUCCUGUCUGGCCUCUGCACCGACUCGGUGUUAGGGCAGCACGAGAUCGUGGACGACAUGAGCUGCUCCAAGCUGGGUCUCGGCGUCGGCGGCCAGUACCACUUCAACGUCGCGGUGGAUCCACCCUCCGACCCGGUGAGCGCCGUGAUUAAGGAGGACGAGAAGGCAAGGCUGGGGUUUCUGCACCACUACGGCCUCGGCGCCACCGCCGGCGCGGACGUCAGUGCGGCCGUCCUCCCAUGCAUUCCGCCUACCGGCAACGCCGCCGCAAGCUCUGCAUUCACCGAUCAGCUGCAAGGGCUCCUGGACGCCGGGCUGCUGGCCGGAGGAGGCGCGCCGACGCCAAUGGCGACGGUAGUGACCGUGGCCGCCGGGCGGCCGGGCGCCCCCGUGCAAUGCUACAGCGUGCCGGCGAUGGUGCGCAUGGACGUGAAGGCGCUGUUCGGCCCGGCGGCCGUGAUGCUCGGGCAGACCGGCGAGGCAAUCCCCGUCGACGGGGCCGGUGUCACCGCCGAGCCCCUCCAGAACGGCGCCUGCUACUACGUCCUGAUGUGA